ACACCUGCCAGGCCCAAUGUGACAAGAUGCAUCCUGAAUCCUGUGUGCCAAGCCUUGGCGGGGCAAAGUUGGGGCCCAAAGGAUGGUCAGACACAGCAACUCCUAAAUCUCGGAGACAGAUCCCCGUUCCAGCCCCAGCUCACCACGCACUGAGUGCACGUGACACCCAGGGAGUCAGCCCCACCACCGUCCCCGCCACUGGGCGUCCGGGAACGCGCCUUUUGUGGCGUGAGCGGCCGCUUGUCACCACCAGGGGGCGCGCUCUGCCUGGGCCCAGAUUCCACUACUUCUGUCUCCCCACAAAAAUUUCCUUUCACUUUCGGUCUCUGGCUGUCACCCGGCUUGGCCCCUUCCACCCAGCUGGGGCAAGCCUGACCCGGCCGCAGGAGGCAUGAGGGUCCCCCGGCCGAGAUGACAGUGCUGGUGCCAGCCUGGAGUCCAACACGCCCCCUCCCCUGCAGACUCGUCUCCUGCUGCUGCUGCUGCUGAGCUCAGAACUCAGUGAGACCCAGGACUGCUCCUUCCAGCUCAGCCCCAUCUCCUCCGACUUCGCUGUCAAAAUCCGUGAGCUGUCUGACUACUUGCUUCAGGAUUAUCCGGUCACCGUGGCCUCCAAUCUUCAGGACGAGGAGCUCUGCGGCGCCCUCUGGCGGCUGGUCCUGGCACAGCGCUGGAUGGAGCGGCUCAAGACUGUGGCUGGGUCCAAGAUGCGAGGCUUGCUGGAGCGCGUGAACACAGAGAUACACUUUGUCACCAAAUGUGCCUUUCAGCCCCCCCGCAGCUGUCUUCGAUUCGUCCAGACCAACAUCUCCCGCUUCCUGCAGGAGACCUCCGAGCAGCUGGUCGCUCUGAAGCCCUGGAUCACUCGCCGGAAUUUCUCCCGGUGCCUGGAGCUGCAGUGUCAGCCCGACUCCUCGACCCUGCCACCCCCACAGAGUCCUGGGGCCCUGGAGGCCACAGCGCCAACAGCCCCGCCGUCCCCUCUGCUCUUCCUGCUGCUGCUACCCACAGGCCUCCUGCUGCUGGCCGCUGCCUGGUGCCUACACUGGCAGAGGACACGGCAGAGGAUGCCCCGUGCUGGGGAGCAGGUGCCCCCCGUCCCCAGUCCCCAGGACCUGCUGCUUAUGGAGCACUGACCCAGCCGGGGCUUCAUCCUGGGGAGGACACUGAGGUACACAGAGGGGAGUCACCAGCCAGAGAAUGCACAGCUCGGACACAGAGGAAGUUGGCUAGAGGAUGGUCCCUUCCUUGGGCCCGAUGCCCCCCUCGCUUCCUCCCCAGGAUGGAGGCAACACCAGAACCCAGCACCGGCCCCAUUUACCCAACUCUGUACAAAGCCGUUGUCCCCAUGAAAUGUAUAUAAAUCAUCUUUUUCUACCA